GAAGUUGGCUUGAAAACAAGACGGAAACUGAAGUUAUCCUAAAAAUGGAUUAAAAUUUAAAAGUGUUGUUAUUGUCUUCGAGUUGCGGACGCUUCAGAUGAUGUCUAACACGGCGAGGAGCGGAGACAUCAUCCACCUGAAUGUCGGAGGGAAGAGGUUCAGCACCUCCCGACAGACCCUGACGUGGGUUCCUGACUCCUUUUUCUCUAGUCUGUUGAGUGGUCGGAUCUCUACUCUGAAGGAUGAAACCGGAGCUAUCUUCAUCGACAGGGACCCCUCUCUGUUCGCUCCCAUCCUCAACUUCCUGCGGACCAAAGAGCUGUACCCCCGCUCCAUCAACGUGCACAUGCUCAUGCACGAGGCCGAGUUCUACGGCAUCACACCGCUGGUACGUAAGCUGCAGCUGUGUGACGAGCUGGACCGGUCUUCCUGCGGAAACGUGCUGUUCAAUGGCUACCUGCCUCCACCAGUGUACCCAGCGAAGCGUCGUAACCGUCACAGUGUGGCGGGGUCGCAGUUCAUGGGGGCCCGGAUCAUGCCCGUAGAGAGGGCCCCGGUCAGACGCAGCAACACCAUGCCCCCCAACCUGGGGAACUCCGGGAUACUGGGCAGGGCCAGCACUGAAGACAGGCCGUCUGGAGGUCAGUCGUCAGAUUCCGGCAUGGUUCGGAUCGUCUGCGGUCAUCAUAACUGGAUCGCUGUGGCCUACACACAGUUUGUCGUCUGCUACAGGGUGAAGGAGUCGACCGGGUGGCAGCAGGUCUUCACCUCUCCUCGUCUGGAUUGGGUGAUUGACAGAGUCGCGCUCAACGCCAAGGUGAUGGGCGGCUCGCUGGGAGACAAUGACAAGAUGGUGGCUGUUGCCUCGGUGACAGAGAUCAUCCUGUGGGCCAUCUGUCCAGACGGCAACGGAAAUGAAAUUGGUGUCUUCAGUCUGAAUGUGCCGGUGGAGGCGCUCUUCUUCGUCGGCAACCAGCUGAUCGCCACCAGCCACACCGGGAAGGUCGGCGUGUGGAACGCCGUCACCAAACACUGGCAGAACCAGGACGUGGUUCCUAUCAGCAGCUAUGACACUGCCGGCUCCUUCCUCAUCCUGGGCUGCAACAACGGAUCCAUCUACUAUAUAGAUGUUCAGAAGUUUCCUCUGAGGAUGAAGGAUAACGAUCUGCUGGUGACGGAGCUGUACAGAGACCCGACUGAAGACGCCAUCACUGCUCUCAGUGUCUACCUCACGCCUAAAACUAGUGACAGUGGGAACUGGAUCGAGAUCGCGUAUGGGACCAGCUCUGGGACGGUUCGAGUCAUCGUUCAGCAUCCAGAGACCGUCGGCUCGGGGCCUCAGCUCUUCCAGACCUUCUCUGUCCACCGCAGCCCCGUUACCAAGAUCAUGCUGUCCGAGAAACACCUCAUUUCAGUUUGUGCGGACAACAACCACGUCCGAACGUGGACGGUGACUCGGUUCAGAGGGAUGAUCUCCACCCAGCGAUCCGCGCUCACCUCCUUCAAGAUCCUCAGCCUGGACGACGUCGACGGACACGGAGGCUGCAGUGCCGGGACAGAGAUAGGUCCAUAUGGGGAGAGAGACGACCAGCAGGUUUUUAUUCAGAGAGUCGUACCGGACACCGAUAAACUGUACGUCAGACUGUCGUCCAACGGAAAGAGGGUGUGUGAGGUGCGUUCGGUGGACGGCACCUCCAUCACGGCCUUCAUGGUCCACGAGUGCGAGGGCUCGAGUCGCAUUGGCUCCCGGCCGCGGCGCUACCUGUUCAGCGGCCACGGCAACGGCAGCAUCCAGAUGUGGGACCUGACCACCGCCAUGGAGAUCGCCGGCAAGGUCGACAUCAGAGCGCUGGGCGGGCCAACAGAGGAGGAGCUGCUGGAGCUAUUGGAUCAGUGUGACCUGGCUCCUACCAGAACACCUGACAGCACACCGAGAGCCUCUACCUGCAGUCUUCACUCGCAGCUCGGCGAAGGCUUCAGGGCGGAGCGUAUCCACUCUGCAGGAGGAGGACGAGGAGCCGAGCCGGGUUCAAUCCCGCCGCUGUGCGGCAGCCUCCCCCGGCAGGCUCCGUCCCCCAUGCCGCUAGCCAAACCUGUCCGAGACCUCGGCCUCUCAGCCGGGCCCGCAGGCGGACUGGAGAGCCUCGCCGUCGCCGUCGCCGGCCCCGCCUACACCCACAGCUCCACCUCCAGCCCUAACCAGACCGCCAGCCCCCGUCCCCCCAGGCACCUGGACCGGGACAGAGAAUGGGGGCCUAUCCGCAGGGGGAGCUUCGUGGAGCGCUGCCAGGAGCUCGCUAAGGGUUCAGAGGCAGCUGGGGGCUCCGGGUUUGGGGUCCUGGCGGGGUCAGAGGGCAUCAGGCGUAGCUUGGCAAUGUGCAGCGAGUUAGAGGCCAGAUUCGGCCUGAGGACCCCCACCACCUUCUCUGUGUCGCCCGGUGCUCGCCAUUCACCUGGAACACCUUCAUCACUGUCAUCAUCUCAGGCAUCCUCAUUUUCACCACACCCCAGGGCCACGCCUACUUCCCCAACAAGCCCCACCCCCUCAGCGGUGAGCCCCACCCGGUCUCAGACCCCCGUCUCACCUCACCACGGCGCUGCAGCCUCUCCCGCUGACAUCCCAGCAUCACCCGAGAGCCUUGAGCCGGACAGCCCGCCGGGUUCCCCACCGCUCCCCACCAGCCCCAAACCACACAUGAACAGAGACCAGCUUCUGAUUGGCUGA